CAUUGUACAACGCGCCAAAAUGUGCUUUGAAUACUCUCGUUUAUAUUUGACAGAUGUGGUGUUGAUAUCACAUAGUAUUUUCAGUCGUCCAUUCAUAAAGACACAGGAAAAAAAGUUAAUCUUCGUACAUGAUUUAUAAACUUAGUCAGCUGAUAAAGUUAUUUCAAAAUUUCUGUGAAUAAAUUAGAAAGAAAUCUUGGGCUGUGAAGAGAAUGAAAAAAAUUGUAUUGAAAAAAUGAGUAUGAACAACGGAGAAAUUAUUGAAAAUCACAUUCGAUUGGAAUCAGUUGAUUCUCUUGAAAGUAAUAGUCAGUCUGAUAGAAAAUCAUUGUUACCACGAAAUUGCAGUUUUUAUAAUAUGGGCACCCAAUCGGAAGCUAAGGUUUUAGUCAUUUAUACAGGUGGCACAAUUGGCAUGACUAGAAAUGCUAACAACGUUUUGGGACCACAAUCGAAUGUCUUGAUUCAAAAUAUUCGCAAGUAUCCACAUAUGCACGAUGAAGAAUAUGCUCGAUCACGUUUCGGCAAAGCGGUGGGUUUUGGUCCGCUUGUUCUUCCAUUUGUACAGGACGAACUUCGUCGCAUCAUUUAUACAAUUAUCGAGUAUGAUCCACUAUUAGAUUCGAGCAAUAUGUCAAUUAAGGACUGGGUUCAGAUAGCCGAGGAUAUUAAAGAAUCAUACGAGUUUUAUGAUGGUUUUUUGAUAUUACAUGGGACGGAUACUUUAUCAUACACUGCAUCCGUACUCUCAUUUAUGUUGGAAAAUCUAGGAAAAACAGUCAUUAUCACUGGUUCUCAAAUACCAAUAUUCGAAACGCGAACUGAUGGAAAGGAUAAUUUUACAAACGGCUUAAUUUUAGCUGGUAAUUAUGUGAUUCCUGAGGUAUGCGUUUUAUUCAACAACAAAUUGUUGCGUGGAAAUCGUACAAUAAAAAGCAGCACUGAAGAUUUGGAUGCAUUCCAUUCACCCAACUACAUGCCACUUGCAAAAAUUGGCAUCACACUGCAAAUUGACUAUCGGCUAAUACAUCGUCCAUGCACUGUAGCAAAAUUCCAAGUUCAUUGUCAAUUAAAUGAAAAUGUUGGUUUGCUUCGUUUAUUCCCAAGUAUUUCGGCAGCCACAAUUCGAGCAUUUUUUCAACCGCCAAUGCAAGGCGUUGUUUUACAAACAUUUGGCAGCGGAAAUAUACCGUCAAAUCGAAAAGAUUUGAUUGAAGAAUUGAAAAAGGCCAACGAACGUGGUAUAAUCAUUGUAAAUUGUACACAAUGCACGAGCGGUUCGGUUUGUGAAAUCUACGAAGCUGGCCAAGUUUUGUGCGAUGCUGGUGUUAUAUCCGGUUUUGAUAUGACACCGGAAGCUGCAUUGACCAAAUUAAGUUAUGUUCUCGGAAAAGAUGAGUGGAAUUUGGAUACAAAGAAACAGAUGAUUGAGUCCAAUCUACGCGGUGAAUUAACAUCAACACAACCGUUGAAAUUGGAUGAUUUUGGAUUAAUUGAUGCAGUUGCGAGAUCAUUACAGUUAUCUUCGCCAAAAGAAGUGUCGGAAUUAGGAGAAACUCUCUUUCCAGCCAUGAUAAACAGUAGUGUAUUAUCUGGUAACACAAAUAAAAUCGACAUGUUAAAGGGGCAUGGUGCAAAUUUAUCAAUGGUGAACCAUGAUCGACGUACGGCAUUGCAUAUUGCAUGCUGUGAAGGCAACGAAAAAAUGGUGAAACAUUUACUGGCCUACGGUGUAUCUGUACACAUUCGUGAUAGGCACGAUCGAACGGCAUUGAUGGAAGCAAUUUCAACAGAUAAUCAUGAUAUUAUAAAGACUCUGGUGAAAUGCGGGGCACACAUGACCGGAUCGUCUCGUGCAUUGGGCGAUAAUUUGUGUGCUGCAGCUGCACGAGGACAACUUAAACGAUUGACCUCAUAUCGAUUGGCUGGAGUUAACUUAUCUCAAAAGGACUUUUCUGGACGAAGUGCUUUGCAUUUGGCCUGUUUGCACGGACACCUAGAAUGUGUGCAGUAUUUAUUGAAAAAUGGCAUUGACAAAAAUUCAGUUGAUCAUUUAAAUCUUACACCAUAUGACUAUGCAUCAAAAAGUGGCCAAAUUGAUAUUAUGAAUCUGUUGAUUGAGCAUGGCAUUCAGCCGUCCACCGAUAAUAAUAUUGGCUAAGACUUCGUGAAUCUCAUUUUUAUUUAAUAAUUGUAAUAAAUGAAUGAAAUAUGGCAAUAAAACCAAUGUAAAUCGAAA